GGAUUAUGUGGAAACUACCCUGCGAUUCCUUGCUGCCAGAGCAGGCUCGGCGCUUCCACCCCAGUGCAGCCUUCCCCUGGCGGUGGUGAAAGAGACUCAGGAGUAGCUGCUUCCAAAGUGCCCGCCGUGAGUGAGUUCUCGCCCCAGUCAGCCAAAUGCUCCUCUUCGGGCUUCUCCUGCUGACAUCUGCCCUGGCCGGCCAGAGACACGGGACUCAGGCUGAGUCCAACCUGAGUAGUAAAUUCCAGUACUCCAGCAACAAGGAACAGAACGGAGUACAAGAUCCCCAGCAUGAGAGAAUUAUUACUGUGUCUACUAAUGGAAGUAUUCACAGCCCGAGGUUUCCUCAUACUUAUCCAAGAAAUAUGGUCUUGGUAUGGAGAUUAGUAGCAGUAGAAGAAAAUGUUUGGAUACAGCUUACAUUUGAUGAGAGAUUUGGGCUUGAAGACCCAGAAGAUGACAUAUGCAAGUAUGAUUUUGUAGAGGUUGAAGAACCUAGUGAUGGAACUAUAUUAGGACGCUGGUGUGGUUCUGGUACAGUGCCAGGAAAACAGAUUUCUAAAGGAAAUCAAAUCAGGAUAAGAUUUGUAUCUGAUGAAUAUUUUCCUUCUGAACCGGGGUUCUGCAUCCACUACAACAUUGUCAUGCCACAAUUCACAGAGGCCGUGAGCCCUUCAGUGUUACCCCCUUCAGCUUUGCCUCUGGAUCUGCUUAAUAACGCAGUCACCGCCUUUAGUACCUUGGAAGAUCUUAUUCGGUAUCUUGAACCAGAUAGAUGGCAAUUGGACUUGGAAGAUCUAUACAGGCCAACUUGGCAACUUCUUGGCAAAGCUUUUGUUUUUGGAAGAAAAUCCAGAGUGGUGGAUCUGAACCUUCUAAAAGAGGAGGUAAGACUAUACAGCUGCACACCUCGUAACUUCUCGGUGUCCAUAAGGGAAGAACUAAAGAGAACCGAUACCAUUUUCUGGCCAGGUUGUCUCCUGGUUAAACGCUGUGGUGGAAACUGUGCCUGCUGUCUCCACAACUGCAAUGAGUGUCAGUGCGUCCCGAGUAAAGUCACUAAAAAAUACCAUGAGGUCCUUCAGUUGAGACCAAAGAGUGGUGUCAGGGGAUUGCAUAAAUCUCUCACGGAUGUGGCCCUGGAGCACCACGAGGAGUGUGACUGUGUGUGCAGAGGGCACACAGGAGGAUAACCGCAUCAGCACGCACAGCCUCUCCCAGAGCAGUACAGCUCAGUGGCUGAUCUGUUAGACAACUUGCGCAUUAUCUCCAUCCGUAAUCUCGGUUGUUUGCUUCAGGGACCUUUCAUCUUCAGGAUUUACAGUGUAUUCUAAAAGAGGAGACACCACACGGAAUUAGAAGUUGUGCAACGGCUCUUUUGAGAGGAGAGGCCCGAAUAACAGGAGAAAAGGUCUUUGGUCCUGGAAAAAAAAUGAAUGUUGUGCACCACUAGCUAGUGACAGAGUUGCCUUGUGCUUACUCAGCUAGCUGUGUUCCGUAUUUCAGCUGUCUCCAUGUGGCUUAGGCUAAUGUCAGUACGGGGAAAAAACUGUGCGAUGAGCACCUGAUUCUGUUGCCUUGCUUAACUCUAAAGCUCCAUGUUCUGGGCCUAAAAUCACAGAAAUCUGGAAUUGUUUCCUUAACAUUCACAUAUAUAAACCAGAGUGUUCUAUGUCCUACAACCUUGGUUUUUAAAAAGGAAGGGUGUUACGAUGAAUCAAACUUGUGUCAUGCUGACAGGAAAGACUGGAUUUUCCAUAUUUCUUACUAAAAUUUCCACCAUUUAGAAGAAGAGAACUCUGGAAGAGACAAACCUGAAGAGUGGCCUUAUCUUCACUUUAUCUACAAGUUGGUUUAUUUGUUUUAUCGUGUACAUUUUUAUAUUCUCCUUUUGACACUAUAACUGUUUGCUUUUCUAAUCUUGUUAAAUAUAUCUAUUUUUACCAAAGGUAUUUAAUAUUCUUUUUUAUGACAACCUAGAUCAACUAUUUUUUAGCUUGGUAAAUUUUUCUAAACAGAAUUGUUAUAGCCAGAGGAACAAAGAUGAUAUAAAAUAUUGUUGCUCUGACAGAAAUACAUGUAUCUCAUGGUCAAACGGUGCUAGAGCUUAGAUUGAUCUGCAUUUUAAAAUAUUGAAGUGGGAAAUCAAUAGAAUUUGAUAAGUUGCAAAGACUUUUGGAAAAUAAAUUAUCAUAUCUUCUACCCCUAUUAUUGGAAAUGCAAAUAAAAAGCAACCUAUGAAAGUUAGGCAUUCAGAUUCAGAAUCAACUACUAACCCCUAACCCUUCUUUUGGUUAAUGUGAGCCUAGCUCAGAAGAAUAUAAAGCACCUUGAAGAAAGACUGGACAGCUUACUGACAAAGCGCACUCUGCUGUCCUAUAGGAACACAUCCUAUUUAUUGUGAUGUUCUGGUUUUAUUAUCUUUAAACUCUGUUCCAUACCCUUGUAUAAAUACAUGGAUAUUUUUAUGUACAGAAGUAUAUCCCGUAACCAAUUCACUUAUUGUACUCUUUGGCAAUUGAAAUGAAAAUCAGUAAAUUACUUUGCUUGUACAAUGCUUAAUAUUGUGCCUAGGUUAUGUGGUGACUAUUUGAAUUAAAAACGUAUUGGAUCACCAAAUAAAAAAAAAAAAUGUGGCUAUUUUGGAGAUAAACGGUGUGUGUGUGUGUGUGUGUGUGCACGCAAGAUUUGUCUUGGCGCCAGGACAGUGAAGAUCAAGUUUUGUGUUACUGUGGCUUCCGUUAUGCAAAAGCCUGUGUCAAUUCAAAAAAGGUAGAAAAAUGUUAAGGAUUCCCUGUCUCUUGUCGCCAAUAUUUUGGAGCUCAUUUCUUUUUCUCCCUGGUCUUGAUACUGAUUUCUGGUAUAUUAAAUUGCACCUGACUUGAAA